AUGUCUGAGAAAUCUCAAAACACAAACAGUAGAUAUGAAGCUAUAAGGGUUUCGAUCCUUAGGGCAUCUGAGUACCCAGUAUGGAAGGUGAAGAUGAACAUGUUUCUGGAGGCUGCAGAUCCUGAGUAUCUAGACAGAAUCUAUGGUGGUCCACAUAUACCAACCAAGCUCUCUGUUUCAGUUGGAGACCAACCUGAGAAGAUGGUUCCCAAUGAGAAAAAGGAUUACACCCCAGAAGUUAUUUCUUCCAUCUCCAAGGAUGCCAAGGUAAGGCACUUACCGCAUAGUGCACUUGAUAAUGUAAUGUCUAACAGGGUAAUUGGAUGCAAAACUGCAAAAGAGAUACGGGAUGCUCUGGAAAUCAGAUGUCAAGGAACCAAAGUAAUCAAGAAGAACAGAAAGAACAUACUCACUCAGGAGUAUGAACACUUUGACUCAAAGUCUGAUGUGACAUUGACAGAUCUGUAUGACAGAUUUGUUAAACUGCUGAAUGAUUUGUCCUUGGUUGACAAGGAGUAUCCUCUUGAAGACUCAAAUUUGAAAUUCAUUCUGGAUCUUCCUGAGAAAUGGGACUUAAAAGCAACAACCAUAAGAGACAAUUAUGAUCUUGGUGAGAUGUCUUUAGAUGAAGUGUAUGGAAUGUUGAAAACCUAUGAGCUUGAAAUGGAGAAAAGAAGCAAAAGACAUGGAGGAAAGCCCAAGCCUGUUGCUCCGAAAGCUGAGGAGCACAUUCCUGAAGGAACAGCUGCUAGAAGGAGCAAAGGAAAGGCUCUUGUCACAAAGUCUGAUAACUCUGAGGACAGUGAUUCUGAGAUGAUGCAGCUGGCAGCACUGAUGGUAAGAGCUUCAACAAGAUGGCUUACAAGAACUUUAGCAAAGAUAGGGAAGAAUGACAAAAGUCAAGCCUUCAUCACAAAGAAGGAGAACUGGGCAGAUGCUUCAGACUCUGAAGGGGAGUUAAAUUAUGCUCUGAUGGCAAAUACUGAGAACAACUCUGAAGCUGUUGAGAUGAAGAGAAAUGUAAUCAGAACAUGGACUAAUUCUGGAAAGACUACUCAGGAUAUCUUAGGAAGUGGAAACUGGAAGAAAGGAUUAGGUUACAUUGAAAAUGAUAAUGAAGCUGAGAUGUUAAAACCAGAGUUUACCAAAAGAACUGUAAAGCCUAAGGUGAACACAGUUAGAUUUGUUCCAGAGUCUAUUAAGACAGAAAAGGAUAACCCUAAAUCAGAGAUUAAGAAAAAUUCUCACUUUGACAAAUGUAGACAGGUAAACAUAGGUUUGUUGACUCAGAAACAACUCAAACAUAAAUUCAAGGAGGUGAAACAAGAAAACAAGGUUAAGGUUCCUAGAAAGAACAGGAUUGGGAAAGUAGGCAUAAAUAAAAGCAAUAACUAUACACCUGUUCUUAAUGCUCCUAGAAAAACUUGUCAUAAUUGUGGUAACUCUUAG